AUGUCAGAAGUCGCGGUCCUCCGCAAGGAACUCUCUAACUUACAGACUCGGCUAGAGAUCCUUGAAGCAAGACUUACAACGAUACCUUUGGCUCCCGUCCAAAUAUCAAGUCGCAGACUGGCGAAAAGAAAGGAUAAGCUGGUAGAAGACAAGGAGGAAACCUCGCGCGUCUCAAUUAAACCUUGCAAGACAUCUUCCUCAAGGUCAAAAAGAGAUGCUCAGACACUCCGCAGCCGGUCGUUUAAAGUGAUGCGACACCUGAUCAAUGUUGUGGAUAUCUCGCACGAUGAAGGCAGGGCUAGCGAGUUGAAGAAGAUUUGUAUCAACAGAGACACCACUCAUCAUUCCGCGACCUCUCGUUUGCCGGCAAUGACAGCGGAAGAAUCGGCAAAGCUAAAGACAACACUUACCUUGGCAUUGAAGGCGCCAGCAGUUCCGUCAAAUAGUCAAAACAAAUCUCACCUCUCAGCUACCUUGCUGCGACCGACGACCAAUUUCCGACAAUCUGUAGAAGUAAAGCCAAUGAAGGAGCCUUUGCCACCAUCUAGUAACCUGAAGCAGAUUCCCAAUACAAGCUCUGAGACCCCUCGGCUCUUCCAUCCUAAACGAACCCACAAAGCCGACUUGGCUAGCUCAAACAAAGUAGCCAACAACAAGAACUCCCAAGCUGCCAGUGAACUGCCGGUCAUGAAAAAGCUCAACACCAAUACUCACUCUAAAUUGGAAGGGGCAGUACCGAAGACAUCUGAGACAUUAGCUGUAACAAGAAAUUUAGGAAACAAGAAAGCUGAAAUCAUUGAAUGCAACGACCUGCGACGUGGCUGCGGUAGAUUUGCUCUCCUCAAGUACAAUCCCGCUGUACUAGACCUCCUACCAGCAUUGGUCAAAGACAGAAGAUUUUUGGAGACAAAGACGGCGAUUGAUAUAGAAAACUUACCGCAAGCAUCGGCAAACUUAAGACAAGUACUUGGCAUUUGGGAAUGGAAAGAAGGUACUUCAAGCGCUACAUUUCACGAAUACAAGACUCCAGAACUUGGGACAACUAUCAGUAACAAAGGAUUCAGGUUUGUUGGUUUUGGUUGGAGAGGUGAUUUAGGACAACAGCCCCCAAGAAUAGAAGAGCUUCAUGAAGACAUCUCACAAGGCGCCGACACUCUCAGAUGUGGUAGAAAAUGUCAGCUGGCAAGCAAAACCCAGUUACCCCUUAAAUAG